AUGCCCAUGACCCUCCUAGAGCUGGAUCCUUCGACUACACUGCACUUCUGUAAAACGCCGACUAACACGUCGCCGAACAGGAAGCUGCGGCUUACAAACAAGACUAGUGGUCCUGUCGCUUUCAAGGUGAAGACGACAGCUCCAAAGUCCUACUUGGUGCGGCCUAGUGCAGCAACCCUGAGUCCUCACGGCAGCGAAGAGGUCACCAUAAUUCUCCAGCCUCCAGGCGAGGGCCAAAACCAUCGCUUUCUGGUCCAGGCUGUUGCGGUGAGCUCCUCAAAUCAAGUGAGUCGAGAGCAGUGGAGUGAGUUCAAGAAGGAACAGAUUGAAGAACAGCGCCUGAACGUUGUCCUGGAGGAAAGUGAAACAGAGCCCGCGACGACCCAUCAAGAUAACUUUGGGUUUGGGUGCGGCUCCGUAGAUGCCUCCAGAGCAGGCGGUGAGGCUCCAGUUGAUUUGCAAGUAAAGUAUGACGAGCUGGUGCAGUACACUCUCAUGCUAGAAAAGCAGAAGAAGAAACUGGAGGCUGAGAUAGAAGAUCUGAAGUGCUCCAAGAAUUUACCCGGUGAGAGUGGUGGCUACAACACAUUCCACAUUGUUUUGGUCGCGCUGAUUGCCUUCUUGCUGUCUUACGCUGUGAAAUUUCUGGGAUGA